CACAGAUACCAGGUAGAGAAGGGAUUUCUGUAUGUGACGACCCGGGUGACAGCUGCCCAUCCACCAUCAUUGGUAUCUUAUCUAGGGCAUGGCUGCCGAAGAGGAGGAGAAGCCAGUGCCCGAUUCAGGAGCUAUAUUCACAUUUGGAAAAAGCAAGUUUGCAGAUAAUUGUCCGAGAAAAUUUUGGUUGAAAAAUGACAAGCCGACAUACAUAUCAUGUGGAGAUGAACACACCGCCUUAGUUACUGGAAAUGGCAAACUUUAUGUUUUUGGCAGCAACAUUAAUGGGCAGCUGGGAAUUGGAUCUGGAAAUGUUAUCACCGAACCGAAACGUGUCAAAGCAUUAAAAUCUGAAAAAAUAAAGCUUGCCGCAUGUGGAAGGAAUCACACUUUGGUUUCUACAGCACAAGGAAAGGUUUACUCCUCGGGCUGGAAUAGUGAAGGACAGCUGGGACUCCGUGACACCACAGAAAGAUCAAGCUUUCAUGAAAUUGCCUUCUUUAAUGGGCAGUACAAAAUCAAACAGCUGUCAGCUGGAUCAAGUACAUCUGCUGCCCUGACUGCGGAUGGGAAACUUUACAUGUGGGGUGAAAAUUCAGAAGGUCAGCUGGGCCUUGGUAGUGAGAAAAACAUCUACACUCCUCACCAGAUAGAUAUUGGGAAGCCUAUUUCUUGGAUUUCCUGUGGCUAUUACCAUUCAGCAUUUGUAACGCAAGAUGGUGAGCUAUAUUGCUUUGGAGAACUUGAAAGUGGAAAGCUUGGCCUGCCAGCUGACAAGUUAGACAAACACAAAAAACCUCAGCGUGUCCCUGGUAUAUCCGGGAAGGUAAAGAUGGUUUCCUGCGGAGGAGGACACACUGUUGCAGUGACAGACAAAGAAGUGUACACGUUUGGCGUCGGUCAGUUUGGACAACUAGGACAUGGCACUUUUGUUUUCGAAACAAGUACGCCCAAAGUAGUAGACGCUUUGAAGCGGCAUAAGAUUCGAUAUGUUGCUUGUGGUGAAAACCACACUGCAGUAAUUACAGACAAAGGCCUUCUCUAUACCUUUGGUGAUGGACGAUAUGGGAAACUUGGAUUAGGGGAAGAGAAUUUUACAAAUCAGUUUUCUCCCACACUUUGUAUGAACUUUAUAAAGUUCACUGUUCAGUCGGUAGCGUGUGGGGGCUGCCACAUGCUUGUGUUUGCUGUACCUAGACCUAAAGAAUCUGAACUGAUCAUCAUCGAGGAGCUAAAAGAGAAUUAUUUAACGGUCAGUGGAGAUGGAGACGCAUCUACAUCACUCCAUAGAUCUCCUUCUGCACGUGUGAGACGGAGGGAGAAAAAAUAUUCGCCUGAACAGAUCCGUGACUUGACCCGCACCCUGCCGCCGUUAAAUAAUAAUUUACUGGAAUCUUCGCUGCCUGUUCCUAGCAGGACUGUUCCACCAAACCUUCUUAAAGUAAGACAAGUCAGCAGUGAAUCCAGCGCCCGUGACUCAGAGGCAGCCUCUAAAUCAGAUGGAAAACCGAGGCGUGAUCUAGUGAAAAGCUUUUCUGCGGAUGACAACUCUGACAGCGUGAGCCAGCAAAGUUUCGGGGGCACCACAGACAUUUUAAAUAUGACACAUGCAGUAAGCAUCAACCAGGGCAACAGUACUUUCUCACCAGUUCUCAAGAGGAAGCAGGAGACAAAUAAAGAUGGAGAGUGUCAGGAGGAUGAGGAAGAAGAAGAUGAUGAAGAGGAGGACGUGGAGGAUGAGGAGGAAGAUAGUGAAGUAGAGGAAGAGGACAAUAAAGAUGAUUCAGCAACAGAAAAGAAUGACUCACAAGUACACACUAGCAAAUCUGAAGAACAAGUGAGCACUACAGAAGAGGCCACAAAAUUGAACCAAGAAGAGAAUAGAGCCAUCAACAAAGUGGAAAAUGAAAAAACAAAAACUGUUAAUGGAGUCAACUCUUCUGAAAACGAUUUGGGCAAAACCACAUUCCUUGAGAAAACAAGAAGGUUAUCACUGUUUAAAAGAAGAUCGACUACAAGUCAGAAGUCAUUGCAAGCAAAUGAGAAUGUUGAGGUUCCUUCACAAGAAACUGGUGCUGAGAAGUCCAGAAGUAAGGAAAAUAAAGAUGAAAAUCAGAUUAGUAAACAAGAAAAUCCCAAAGUCACUGAAACCCCAAAUGAGAAAGCCAAGGACACUGGACAAAAUGCUCAAGACCGAAAGUCCAAGUCUGCCACAUGUCUAUUGUUAUAAGCGCUACCUGGGAAAUGAGAAUGAGAGCUAUUCCUUUACGUCAUAUUGGAUAAGCCGCUUGCUCACAUAUCCAAAGUAACUGGAACUGUAUAAUACAAAUAAAUCAGGGAAAAAACAAAAAAGAUAACUUUAUAACAUGUCCAGCUUUUCUUCCCAUGCAAAUUCAUGUCUUAAUCAUGCAUUCCCAAAAGAUUAAAGGGUUUGUCCAGGAUUUUGAUAUUGAUCAAUAUCAGAACGGUGGGGAUCCAACACCUUUCACCCCUUCCCGAUACGGUGCCGGAACUACAAAGCUCCUCCUUUUUGUAGUGGAUGGAGUUGACAACUGUACUGCUUUCAUUUGAAUGAAUAGGAGCAGUGCUGUAGACCACUACACAGUGGCGGAGCUGUGUGGUUUCGGCACUGACUUUUACCACCAGAACUACAACAGCUUACCAGUGGGUGUGCGCUGAUCUGAUAUUAAUGGCUGAUCCCUCAAUAUCAAAAUCCUGGACAACUCCUUUAAGCCCUUUUAUAUAGCUGGUUAAUACUUCUUUUUCUUCUCUUUAAACUUGUGAAGUGUUUGGAAAGUGAACACUAAUUUUCUAUUGAAGAAUACAUAUUCACAGGACUAAAAGUAUAAACCAGUUUAAUGGGGCCUGAACAUUUAUUUAAAAGAUGUAAUACGGAUCCUGAAUAUUGUGAUGAUACGUUCCUGUGGAGGACCAUUGUCUCCCCAGAAACAUUAUUUCAAUGCUUCACAGGGAAAAUACGGUGCUGCAUGCUGCAAACAAUAUUAGACCAUAUGGACUACACUAUGGUUUUUUCCACGGUUCUAUACAUGGGGCUUAAAGUGAAUAACUAGACUUACCGUAUUUUGCGCCCCAUAAGACGCAUUUUUCCCCCCAAAAGUGGGGGGAAAAUGCCCCUGCCUCUUAUGGGGUG